GACUCAAGCAAGCCCGCAUCAACCCCACCACCGCCGGCCAAACAGCCAGACAGACUGACAGAGAGACAGGCUGCUUGCCGCGCUGUGAUCUGCUGCAACAGACAGACAACCACCCGACACAUACGCCGCCUCUUGACAAUCCAGCAGGGCACCCCAGAUCCGCGCACCAGAGAGCCGCCAUGCCCACCAUCUCCGUCGACAAGUACGACCUCUUCGAGGCCCUCGGUCAAAAAUACACGACCGAGGAGUUUGAGGCCCUGUGUUUCGAAUUUGGCAUCGAGCUCGACGAAGACACCGAAAAUGACGAGCGCCCCAUAGUCGAUGGCGUGCAGGAGCCGCCACAGCUCAAGAUUGAGAUCCCGGCCAACCGCUACGACAUGUUGUGCUUCGAGGGCAUCGCCCUGAUGCUCAAGAUCUUCCUCCAGAAGCAGGAGACCCCCAAGUUCCGCCUUGUCGAGCCCGCGUCCGGCCAGCUCCAGACCAUCACCGUCUCCGAGGACACCACAAAGGUCCGCCCGCUCGUCGCCGGUGCCAUCUUGCGCAACGUCCAGUUCACCAAGAAGCGCUACGAGUCCUUCAUCGCCCUCCAGGACAAGCUUCACCAGAACUUGGCUCGCCAGAGGACGCUCGUCGCCAUCGGCACCCACGACCUCGACACCCUGCAGGGCCCUUUCACCUACGAAGCCCUCCCGCCCAAGGACAUCAAGUUUACGCCGCUCAACCAGACCAAGGAGAUGAAUGCCGAGGAGCUGAUGGAGUUCUACGACAAGGACAGGCACCUCGGCAAAUUCCUCCACAUCAUCCGCGACAAGCCCGUAUACCCCGUCAUCUACGACUCCAAGCGCACCGUCUGCUCGCUGCCGCCCAUCAUCAACGGCGACCACUCCAAGAUCACAGUCGACAGCAAGAAUGUCUUUAUCGAGUGCACAGCGACAGAUGCCACCAAGCUCGACAUUGUCAUCAACAUGAUGGUGUCCAUGUUCUCAGCGUAUGCCGAGGAGCCCUUCACCAUCGAGCCCGUCAAGAUCAUCUCAGAACACAACAAGCAGACCCGCAUCACCCCCAAUCUCGAGUCGCGGACACAAAAGGUUGAGAUCGACUAUCUCAACGCUUGCCUCGGUCUCUCCGAGCCCGUCGAGAACAUCUGCAAGCUCCUGACCAAGAUGGCUCUGUCCGCCAAGCCCUCGAGCGAAGACGGCCUGAUUGAUGUCUCGGUGCCGCCCACGAGAGCCGACAUCCUCCAGCGCUGCGACGUCAUGGAGGACCUGGGCAUUGCGUACGGCUUCAACAAGCUGCCUCGCAUGUCGGUGACCAAGACUGUCGGCGCUCCACUCACCAUGAACAAGCUGGCCGACAUUGUGCGCCUCGAGAGCGGCAUGGCUGGGUGGUCCGAGGUCAUGCCUCUGAUCCUGUGCAGCCACGACGAGAACUUUGCCUGGCUGAACCGCCAGGACGACGGCAAGACCUGCGUGCGCCUCGCGAACCCCAAGACCGCCGAGUACCAGAUCGUGCGGACGUCGCUGGUCCCCGGCCUGCUCAAGACGAUCCGCGAGAACAAGUACCACAGCGUGCCGAUGAAGGUGUUUGAGACUUCCGACGUCGUCUUCAAGGACGAGGCGCUCGAGCGCAAGGCCCGCAACGAGCGCCACUUCAGCGCCGCCUGGUACGGCAAGACGAGCGGCUUCGAGGAGGUCCACGGCCUGCUCGACCGCGUCAUGCUCAUGCUCCGCCAGGGCUUCCUCACCUCGGACGAGGGCCUCGCAACGGAGAAGUCGCUCGACUUCGAGGUCCGCCAGGACCACACCAGCCGCGACGGCUACUGGCUCCAGCCCAUCGACGAGCCUACCUUCUUCCCCGGCCGCGCCGCCGCCGUCUACCUCCGCAUCGACGGCAAGGCCCGCCGGAUAGGCGAGUUUGGCAUCCUCCACCCCACUGUGCUCGAGAACUUUGAGCUCCGGUACCCCGUCAGCACGCUCGAGAUCAACCUCGAGGUCUUCCUAUAG